AUGGACAACGAAUCUUUUCGAAUUUUCAUUUUUGGUCUCUGCAUUUUGUUUGGAUGGAUGGCCGUCAUUGUCAUUUGUGCCUCACCACAGUUAUUUCGCGAUCUUCUCAAACGCUAUUUGUGUUGUUGGUUUGUGGAUGUGGAAGAAAAGAAAAAUAAGGAGAAAAUCAAGAUUGCCACAGCUCGAAUGCUGACCGCCCGGCAAUCGAUAAUGGUGUCAGGGAUUGCGGGAAAGCCGACCGAAAUCAUGAUCGGCCACGCGAUGGGCCAGAUCCACACAAUUGAUGAGGAGUCUCGAGCGGGUACAGUGGCCCCGGAGGACGGGGAUGAGGCGGACGCCGAGAUCACCGCGCUCCGACCGUCGAUUUCU